GAAGAAGUCUACCUUGCGGCCAGUGCGAUGGACGCCGUCUCGUUCGUCUUCCAGGGCGACCGCCCGACUAAAGGCACCGUGCUAGCGUCGGUGCUAGUGUUCGCGCUCGCUGCCGGCACGGUCGUCAUCGCGAUCUUCCUGCUCGUCGCCGUCUUCCGCGACAUGAGCAACGUCCGCACGCGGAGGCACCUACGCGAAAUCGAACCGGUCGUCGCCAAAGAACUGCCCAAGGCACUCACUGUUCGACCUAGCAAGACUAAGUCUACGCUACCCGAUGUCAAUACGCGACAACCCAUCUCUCGUACUUCUAACCUUCGCAAAUACGCAUCGAGAAACUAUAGUCCCGUAAGUGCUGGUAUGACUUCCACUGCCAGUACGUCACUGAAGAAACUAAAUGGAAGACCGGCACAUACGUCUUACACUUCUAUCUGGAACUCCGAAGAUCGUGAACUCUCGAAGACCCGAUUGAAGCACUCGGUAGCACGCUAUAAAUUUGUAUCGACGUAUAGCAGCCGAGAAGAACGUACAAAAACGAGUGAUAAUCUGAGCAAGGCUGAUGCUAUCAUCGUUUCAACAGCAAUUGCUGCCCCUGGCGCCUCUUCUGGCAAGGCCUUCCCGAUAGUAACGCACCGCCAUAAAAAUCAUAGGCAUGGUCAACGCCCUAUCAUCAUCUGGAAUGUCACCUCGCACACUGGCAACAUGCACGUGCCGAGAACGCCGUCUUCUGAAAUGUCGUCUGCAGUGUCGCAUCCAAGCAAUUCUACUCAAAUGACGGUUGGCACGUCUGUAGAAGCCCCGUGGCAAGAUCUGACAGGUAGGACAACGGCUACCACCACGAGUUCAGGCGCAGAGGCCGUCAAGUAUCACCUAAGCAGAGGAACUGCGUCGAGUGCCUCUUCAAGUGAUCAAACAUAUCCGGUACAUAUUGGUUCGAUACCAAUCACGAGCUCCAAUUCGAGGGAAACGUCUGCUCGAGAAGACCUGCAGACCGCCAUGGGAGUGACAUUCACGACGAUGCGCACAGACCACGUAAGUUCAAGCGCCGAGGUCUCCAACUAUAAACAAAGCAAAGGAUCCGCAAAGACUGCCUCUUCGAAGGACGAAGCACAUCCUAUUCAUGCUGUUUCGGUGCCACAUGAGAACCCUAAUUCGAGCGAAACGGCUUCUGGAAAACGCCGGCAGAUCCCGGAAGUGACAGAAGCGACGACCAGCGAAGCCCACGGCAGUGCAGAGCGUGACCCACUAGACAAUGAAGAACCCUUUACGGAGGAAAAUGAUGCGGCGCACAUCCACGGUGCGUUUGGUUUCGGGAUGAGCCGCGCAACUUCGAGUCCGCCCGACCGACAGCACCACUCGACACACAACAGUCACGUGCGCCACGUCAAGGUAUCCACAUUGCCGACAACGGGAGAAGUCGAAGACAGGAUGAACGGAUCGCAUUUGAGUGGCAUCGGCGAUACUGGCGCCUCGCCAACUUCGCACAACGGCACGUCAGUUCAGCGAAGGGACGACGCCACAACAUCAACGGUUGAAGCAGAGUCGCAUACAGCGAGCGAAGGUAAGGAAGACUCUGCAAACGACCAUGACCACGUAUUCGUUGGUCCGGGAAACUGGAACGAUCUCGCAAAAGACGACGAGGAUGCGCACUCUCAUGGCCACAUACCGAUUCCCGAUCCGGAUGGUGCGAAGCUGAUGACUAACAGUUUCACGUUGGAUGUAUUCAAUUAGUGAUGUUUGCAUGUUUGUUGCAUUUUGUGCGUCUUGUGAACAAUUAGGCUGCGCAUAGAUACGCACUGCUGCCAUUUCCGAUGCGUGAGGCAGCUCGUUUUGUGUACACAGGUGAUAAACAUUGCGAAAGCAUGUGCAAUGAUAAACUUAAGCAAUACCUCUC